AUGGUUGAAAGAGAGGAUGUGCCGAAAGAUUUUAUCAAGCUCAAGUCUGAAAAGCUGUCUGUAGAUGAAGUGUCAGAACUGGUCAUUUCACCAUGCUGUGGGGCAGUGUCUCUUUUCAUUGGUACUACGAGAAAUAAUUUUGAAGGGAAAAAAGUGAUUCGCUUAGAGUAUGAAGCAUAUGCUUCAAUGGCAGAGAUGGAAAUAAAGAAAAUCUGCAGAGAUGUUAGACAGAGGUGGCCAUCAGUCAAACAUAUUGCAAUGCAUCAUAGACUUGGCGUGGUUCCAGUAACAGAGGCAAGUGUAAUUAUUGCAAUCUCGUCUCCACACAGAGCAGAAUCCCUUGAAGCUGUAACACAUUGCAUCAACACUUUAAAAGCAUUUGUCCCAAUAUGGAAAAAGGAGAUUUAUGAGGACGAGUAUUCUUGGAAGGAAAACAAGGAAUGCUUUUGGACAAAUUCAGAAAAAUAACUGUACUCUUUUAUAAAUAAAGUGUUACUGCUCCUAAUGA